GUUAAAUCGCAUUCUUUGAGCCUGAAACACAUUUCUAGAACUAAAUUUAAAAGGCUGACAUUUCUUGGUCAAAAAAUGAGAAGAAAAAUAGUUUGUAGAUCUUACGACUUAGUUCUAACGAACAUUUAAUUAAGAUCAAGUAAAAGCGGAAGUGAUAAGUGCGUAGGAAAAAGUAGGUAAAAGAGCGCAGAAAGGUUGCGCAGUAACUUAUCGUAGCCCUAUAAAGGAAUGGGCAUAGUCACUCUCCCCAUUCACAAGUUACCGCCUGCCGACGUCACUGCCAUAGCUGGCGACACUGAAACAGGACACAGUGCAGUGAUUUAGUGACAUUUUCCCAACAUGAGGGCAGUUUUUUGCAUAGUUGUGAUUGUUUUAGCCUGUGACGGCAUCACCAGCCUGAUUUUGCCAGGUAGAGACUAUGGCAGACUUAGAAAUACAGCACCAGUCUCGUGGUAUUCGCGAGUGAGACGACUGUCGAGGCCCUCGCAUCGAAUCAUAGAUCCCACAGAAGAUUGUUUUUUGGUGACGUCAGAGGAAGGGGAGUUAUUUUUCAAGGCCCCAUCGGAUGAGCCUUCUGUGUGCGGUAUAUAUAUGAUAGCAGAGCCCGACAAGCGGAUUCAGGUGACGUUUAAUUACCUCGACGUGCCGUGCGACAAUGGGGGUCUCGUUGCGUGGAUAGACGGCUGGGAGCUGAACGGUCAGGUCUGGCCGGCUGAUUCUUGGGACGAUGACAGAGUGGUGGAGUCCUGCGACAGCAGACCACAAAGAAGACUCGUGUCGCGACAAAACGCAGCUCUUAUCCAGUACCGAGUGCCUGCCCAGGGGAAAGGAUUUUCUGUUACUAUACGACAUUUGAAGAAUGCUAGGCCAUGUAACGUGAUGCUGUUCGGAGCUGAAGGUGUGUACACACUGCGGAACCACGGCGAGACCAGCAACUGCUCAGUCAUAGGAGUGUCUCCAGCCGUUGUGAGGGUCAUCGACCUGAACGUUGGACAGACUGUCAAGAAUCGCAACCUGGAGAUCGAGACAGGCACCAUACAUCAUUGUACAAAGCGGGGCUUGCCUGAUUACGUGGAAAUAGGGGGCGCCAGUGGGCUGGAUCACACGAAAAUGGAGGUGCUGGACACUGUGUGCGGACUCGACUCAAAUGAAGGUCGGCGCCCAGCAUUUAUAGCAUGUGAAGAUACAGUUGCAAGGCUUAUUUCAAGUGGGAGAUUCUACAACUCAGUUACUGUGGCCUUCGCACCCCUUCCCCAGGAGGAUAUUGAGCACGCCGACUUGAUUUGCGGAAUGAGCAAUGUCUAAAUUGACGACAUACUGGUACCAAAGCAAUGUCUGUAAAGCUUUUAUGUCACACAAAAUUAUUUGCUAGCAUUACGUUAAUUUAUUUUGUGAAUCAAUUUUAGGUAAUGGAAAAUAUAUAUUGUAAUCUAAAUAUUAAAUUAUAAGCAUUGCUAGUUAAAUAUUACGUACGUUUCUUUUGAUCUUUGCACAUUAAUCUCGGAAAAUUCAGUUCUGAAUCUGUAGUUGAAGAUUACAUACACGAAUGUGUUCGAAAAUUAAACUAAAUUAUUUGAAUUCUUGAUUUGAAAUGUCGUAUGUUUCAGUGACUAGAGACCGUACCUAUAUUAUUGGCUUUCGGUGACGAAAUUAAGUGACAAUGCCGCUUCUAUGUAAUUAAAUAUUGAUUUACAAUAUCUGUGGCGUUAAGGAAUUUAUCUUAGAAUAACAUAAGAAUAUAAGUAUUAUAAUAUUUAAUAAAUUUCAUUGUAAUUUUACUUGUACCUAUUAUUAAAAUUGUCUGGGAAUGCCGAUACAUUCCCAGAUUAAAGAUUUAUUUGUCCUACAAAUUUUGUAAAUGCGAAAGUUAUGUGUGAGGAUGUGAGAAUAUUUUUUUUUAAUUUCUAUUAUAUUUGGAGCAUGGAUAAAAAAUAACCUAAAAUAUCACACGAAUACUUUUUUAAAUAAAGCUUUUCCCAGGGCACAGCAAGUAAACACAUAAUCAUGAGUCAUCUGUAAGUACUUAUUAACGCAUAGGUAUUAUUUUUACAUAUUUAUUACCUGCUACAGUAUUAAUGUCGAAACUUAGAAAUUAUAGAAGAAUAUUGUGUCAUCAAUAUUUUUAUCUAGUCAUAUACGAAGCAUUAGAUGAUUAUGAAAUCGUAACCUGUCAAUAUAUUAAAA